ACGUUAUCAGAAAAGUGGGCACUGCGCAGUAUUUGCUUUUUUGAAGAUACGAUUAGACGAUUAGCGAUUUUUAUUUCUGCUUUUUUACCAUUUAGCAUACGUAUUAUUGACUGUUUUCAUGUCCCAGCUAUUAGGAUUUAAAAUUUCUAGUCUCCAACCGUACCAGUUACCACCAGACAUGAAGCAAACGAUCCAGGGAAAGGAUUCUGCAUUGUGAUGAUGAGCAGCGAAUGACUUCGGGAGAGUCACGCUGCAUCACUGUGUCGCAGGCCCGAAAGUCUGAUACCGCUUCUGGUUUCUGGUUUUGUUAUUACCCUCUCAGUUGUCCCAUUAUAUCCUGGCUUUGCGUCUGACUACGUGAAAUGGCAUCCACGGGAGUCCUCCCCUUUGUCAGGGGUAUUGACUUCUCGAGAAAUGAUUUUCAGGAUUUAUUUCCGAAAGCGGUGGAGGAAAUGUUGGGACUGCGCUGGUUGCGUCUUAAUCGCACCACUCUGGAAGACAUGCCUGUUGAACUGAUGAAACUGAAUAAAUUGGAGCACUUGACGCUUGCCCACAAUAAGCUAGACAGUCUAGAACUGCACAAUCCCAAUGGAUCGACGCGCAUCCUUUUCAAGAAGAUGCCCUCCUUGCGGACGCUUAAUGCGCGCUACAAUAAUAUCCAGACCGGGCAGGUGCCGAAAGAUCUUUUCGAGCUGGAGGAAUUGUCCAUCUUGGACUUAAGCCACAAUUCUCUGGCAAAAGUACCGGAAGACUUGGAUCAAGUCAAAACUUUGAUUGUCCUGAAUUUGAGUAAUAACAGCAUUGAAUCAGUUCCUACGCAAGUGUUCCUGAACUUAACCGGUCUUAUGCAACUGGAUCUGAGUUUCAACAAAUUAGAAUCUCUACCUCCACAGCUGCGUCGGCUGAUCAAUUUGCAAACCCUGAAUCUCAGCAAUAAUCCCUUGGUGCAUUUUCAGUUUCGACAACUUCCGUCGUUGGUGAACUUGCAAGUACUAAAUUUACGGAAUACCCAUCGUAACCAGAGUAAUCUACCUCCUAGUUUGGAAAUGAUACCAAAUCUCGCUGAGCUGGAUUUGGCGGAAAAUGAGUUGACGCGAGUCCCCGAGUGCGCUUAUAAUGUGAUUCAAUUAAGACGAUUAAAUUUGAGCAAAAAUCAACUGAGUGACUUCGAUAUUCCCGAGGGUUGGCUCAAACUGCAAACGUUGAAUGUAUCCCAUAACAAACUGAAAUCUUUAUCGCAAAAUCUGCCCAAAUGCACGGCGUUGAAACGGUUAUAUGUGAACAACAACGAACUGGACUUUAACGGCAUCCCCUCAUCAAUAGGACGCUUAGAAAGCCUUGAGGUGUUCAUGGCCGCGGAUAACCGUUUGGAGAUGGUGCCCGAGGGUUUACUACGAUGUGGCAAACUGAAGAAGCUGAUUUUACGAAAUAACGUCCUAGUCACUCUUCCGGACGCCAUCCAUUUGUUGACUGACUUAGAGGAACUGGAUCUUGGCGGUAAUCGUGAUUUGAUUAUGCCGCCCAAACCAGCAGAUCUACAGAAAGGUGCCGGCCUAGCUUUUUACAACAUCGAUUUCUCGUUGGGUCAUCAGAUGCGAUUGGCUGGUUCCAUGACGCACCAGGAGACUCCCUCGCCAGUCCCGGUGAAGGACCCAGUGGCGCGGAAAAUUAGGUUGCGGCGUAUGAAAGGGGAUGGCGAUGACGAGAGCGCUGGUCAGGUGCUGAAGGGCAUGAAAGAUGUGGCCCGGAUGCGCAAAGGCUCACAGGAUGACCUGGAUCGGGAACCGGUGGUCAAAAGCCGAAAAGUAACGGAGCUGGAGAAGCCUCACUUGGAUUAUAGCGAUUUCUUUGACGAUGACACCGGAACUCGAGAAGGCUUAACAUGCUGGGAAAUUGAAAACUUCGUGCCCAAUCUGAUGGAGAAUGCUUUGAUCGGGAAGUUCUACGAAGCAGACUGUUAUAUUAUCCUGCAGACCUACGCAGAACAGGGUGACAGUUUAAACUGGAAAAUUUUCUAUUGGAUCGGUGAAAAGGCGCCGCUGGAUAAAAAGGCCUGUGCGGCAAUUCAUGCUGUUAAUUUGCGGAAUUUCUUGGGUGCCGAAUGCCGCACUUCCAGGCAAGAGCAGAACGAAGAGGAAGAGGAGUUUUCAUCGUUGUUUCCUCACGGAUUGGUCUACAUCGAAGGUGGUCGGACCGCUAGUGGAUUUUACACCGUGGAGGAUGCGCCGUUGGUCAAGCGAUUGUAUCGCCUGCAUGGGACAAAGAGCCUGCAUUUGGAAACUGUGCCGGUAUCUCCGGCUAGUCUCGAUCCACGUUAUGUGUUUUAUCUGGAUGCUGUGAAAAAGUUGUAUGUGUGGAUUGGACGCAAGUCAAAGAAUGUUACUCGCUCUAAAGCGCGGUUGCUAGCGGAGAAAGUUAAUAAAGUGGAGCGGAAAGGCACCAGUGAAAUCCUCGUGUUUAAUCAACGCCAGGAACCCAAUGAAUUUUGGCUUGCUCUUGGUGUACCGGAGUUGCCUUGGAUGGAAGAACCUAAGCCACAUGUACCGGAAGAUUUCAUGCCGACAGUGGCACAUUUAUACACUAUUCAUCUGGGCAAAGGGUACUUGGAGCUUCCUCAGGUUGACCUCAAGGAUGGUCGGUUGAAGUCAGAAAUGCUCCAGAGUCGUAAUGUGUACAUCCUGGACUGUUGGGCGGAUCUUUUCGUGUGGUUUGGAAAGAAGUCUGCUAGGCUCGUUCGCGCUGCCGCAUUGAAAUUGUCUCAGGAAUUAUGCGACAUGCUGCCGCGACCAGAUUUUGCUAUGGUCACCCGAGUGUUGGAAGGAACGGAAAGCCAGAUUUUUAAAUCCAAGUUCGAAGGAUGGGAUGAUGUUAUGGCGGUAGAUUUUACACGUACAGCGGAGAGCGUUAUUCGCCGGGGUGUGGAUUUGAAAAAAAUUCUCGAGAAGGAUCAAAUCAAAACCGAUUUAACGGCUCUCUUUAUGCCGCGCCAGCAGGCCAUGCCAACCGAAGAAGCAAAAGCUGUAAUCGAUGAGUUCAACGAAGAUCUAGACCGCAUGGAAGCUUUCGUAUUGGAAGGGAAGAAGUUUGUCCGUUUGCCCGAACGCGAAACAGGCCAUUUCUACAGUGGAGAAUGUUAUGUGUUCCUGUGUACGUACUGGGUGCCAGCGGAAGAAUCCAGCGGCGAUGAGGAAAAAGCUGAUGGUGACGCUGAAGAGACCCAGGUGCACACGGUGUACUUCUGGCAGGGCCGAGAUGCUAGUAAUAUGGGUUGGUUGACCUUUACUUUCAGCCUGCAAAAGAAAUUCGAGCAAGCUUUCAAGAAUUCUCUUGAAGUUGUGCGCAUGCACCAACAACAGGAGAACUUAAAGUUCUUAUCACACUUCAAGUCAAAAUUCAUCAUUCACCGCGGCAAGCGCAAGGAACCCAUUGAUCGCAGCCGCUUACCGCCGCCACGGCUGUAUCAGUUGCGCAUCAAUGAUUCACUAAUCUGUGCACGGUGUAUCGAGAUCGACGCAAAGCCAACAUCGCUUAACUCAUCAUUCUGUCAUAUGCUGAACGUGCCGUUUGAUCGAUCGGCCGCCAACGGAAUAAUCUAUCUGUGGCUGGGAUCGAAAGCGUCCCAGGAAGAUAUCGAGUUAGCGCACGAAAUUGCCAAAGAUAUGACUAAGUACCAUUACACCAUGCAAAUUGUGAAAGAGGGUGAAGAGCCUGACAACUUUUUCUGGAAUUCUCUGGGAGGCAAAAAGCCUUACGAAACGUCUGCCGAUUUUAUGAAGUAUAGCCGAUUGUUUCGCUGUUCCAACGAAAAAGGGUACUUCACUGUGUCGGAAAAAUGUGCAGAUUUUUGUCAGGAUGAUUUAGCGGAUGAUGACAUUAUGAUUUUGGACAAUGGCCAGGAAGUGUUUUUGUGGGUUGGUGGCAAGUCCAGUGAAGUGGAGAUCAAGUUGGCUUUCAAAAGUGUUCAGGUAUACGUACAGAAUCUGCGUAAUAAACAGCCAGAACGGCCGCGAAAGUUGUUGCUGACGGCCAAAGGUAAAGAAACCAUCAAGUUUUCUAAGUGCUUCCACGGAUGGAGCACCCACAAAGCCCCGGCCAUGUAAAAUAAGCAAUGGCAGCUGCGACAUGUGCUGUUUUGAAUUGAUAUUUUGAUGUUCGUAUGUUUUAUAGUGUUUUAUGUGAUUUUAUCUGUGCCUUAUUAAUCGGCGGUCGUGAUAAUUUUUAGAAACUGUCUGCAGGUUUUUAAUGCAUAGCAUAUUUUGGCGCUGUACUCUGAAGUACUUUUUUGUUCGCUGCUGUGCGGUGCUCAGUGAAAUAAUCAGAUUGGUGACUGAAAUGCUUUUUUGAAUAUCUUGCCUUUUACGUUGGGAAAUAAUGAUGGGUGUUUAUUUAAAUUGCAUUCGUUUGUUACGUAUUUAUUCAGUACGGUUGUAUGUAUCCCAUUGCUAGCUGAAGUGGGAGUUCACGAAUAAUCGCAUCUCGAUCGAUGAUAAUGGUACAGGUGA